CCCCUCAUGUUAAACCCUUCCUGCCCAGUGCCAUUAGUACAGUGUCAGUGCUUUUUUUUUUUUUUUAGCACUGAUCACUGUAUUGGUGUCACUGGGGAUGUCCGUGACACCAAGUCAGUUCCCCCCCCAGUGUCAGAAUGUCCACCGCAGUCCCGCUAUAAGUCGCUGAUUGCCACCAUUACUAAUAAAAAUGAAAAAAAAAAUCCCAGUAUACAUACCGCCCAUUUGUAAACGCUAUAACUGUCACAUGAACCAAUUCAUUUACACGUAUUGGGAUUUUUAUUCUUUAGCAAAGACAU